AUGCUCCGUCGGGUGUUGCCGUUAUUUUGCUACAGUGUACCGCAAAUUUCUCGCGUCGGCAUAUUUCCACUGCACUUGGAUCCGCCUACAGUUCAGCAUCGGGAGAUUUUCCGACUGCUGGUUGGUGAAAGAGGCUUUGAUCACAAGAAUGUCAGCAGCAGCGGCAACCAUGCUGUUUAUGGGGGUGGUGAUGGUCACCGCCAUGAUAACAACAACAACACCAACAGCCAGCUUGCGGGCUCACUCUGGUGCCUUGAGUCUCUUGCGGAGAGUUUGAAGAGCAGCGAAUGCGUGCCAUUCGACCACCUCAUUUUGGUUCCCAACACACGAUUUCCCGUCACCCUGCGUCUCUCCACACACCUUGCUGCCUUGACAACUCUUGUCACGCGUGGUCUUUCUCGAGUGCACGUGGACUUUACCGCGCUUGAGCAUCCAGAUGAGGACAUGCCGUGCGUGUACGAGUUGACACAGAAGUACAGGAACAGCACACUGGUGCACUGGCUGCAGGACGCACAUGAGAUGCAGAAGUGGGCCCACUUUGGCGAUGUGAAGCUACGCGUACCAAUGUUGCUACUGCAGACGGUAAGCUUCCCUGUCAGUAUGGUGGGUAAGCCGCGCGAUCCGCGCUUUAUUGGGAAGUAUUUUCCUGGUGGCUCUGGGGCGUUGUUGGCGGCAGACAGGGCGUCCACAACAAAGCAACCGUUGGGACAGCCCCGGCAAGAAAAGAAGACGGAAGAUGCCGCGUCUGUCCCUAUAACUAAUGGUGGCAAUCAUGACGAACACGACGACAAAGGUGUAAGUAUUGGCAACCGAGGUGGUAACUUUGUCAAUUCGCCUCGUUGGGUAAAUGGGGGCUAUGGCGAGCAAGAGGUGGAAAUUAGUCGAUCAUACAUAAGUUCCUCAACUUCGUCGUGGUUGGCAUCUUCGGAUAAUGUCCCUUUAUUGUUGCAGCCAUCUGAACAAGCAGAACUUGGUAAAACUGGCAACGGUGAGAAUGGCAAGAAGGAUGCGGACUACAUCUUGAGGAAAGACGCUGAUCUUAGCAGCAGCGUGAACGGAGGCCAUAGUAAUGCCGGGGAAAUGAAUGGGGAGAGUGAGACGGACAUGAGUGAGAGAGGCACGGAGACGCAGCCAAACCACACCGUAGAUAACAGUAGUCGGCCGUCGUCAGCGAAGGAGAUGAAGGAGAGAGAGGGCAGAGAAGAGGAGAUUGAUACCAUGACCAUGCCGUAUGAUACCAUGCCGGUUCGUCGCAAAGUUCGUCACCUCGUCGAGGAGCUCUUUUCUACACAUCAGAGCAUGGAGGGAGGUCACGGUCGUAGUUCCACCAACGCUCCGCCGCCGCAUGUUGAGGUGCACACCGUUCACCGUUGUACCGGGGCAGAUGUACGUCAGGCGCUCUGGGAGCGUGAGGUGGAUCCAACACUGCUGCUUACAGAACCGGUAUAUCGCUAUAUCAAUAGUCAUGGGCUUUAUCACGAUUACCGCAAAGACAACUACCCGAAGCUGACACAGGUACAACAUAUUGGUGCUAGCAGCAAUACUAGUAGUAGCAGUAGUAUGAGCAGCACGAGUGCGUGGCGAAGAGGCAAAGUGCAGGCAAUCGGUCCCGCUGCGGUUUUGUCUUUCCCCGGCCUCAUACCAAGGUUGGAGCUGCACUAUGACAGGAACAAUAUCCUUGCCCGCGAAUAUUACGAGAAACUUAGUGUGUUUGAGGCAAACGCUGAUGAGGAACCUGAUCUUAUUGUGCCUAUCGGCGGCGAUGGCUACAUGAUGCAUUGCAUUCGAAAUAACUGGAACCGUUUUAUUCCCUUUUUUGGUGUGAACGCCGGGCACGUUGGUUACUUGCUGAAUGACCCCUCCACCUUGGGCGAGCUCUUCUUUGCCCCACUCAAGCUGCACACCACAAUCAUGCUCUACUGCCUCGCCGAAAAGGAGACAGAGACUGGGGAGAAGGUGCUGUUAUCCGAGUUGGCCUUCAACGAUGCCUGGGUUGAGCGAUCCAGUGGCCAAACCGCCCUCAUCCGCAUCCUCGUGAAUGGCGAGGAGCGCAUCCAUUUGUUGCGUGGCGACGGUGUGUUGGUAUCGACGGCGGCUGGCAGCACGGCGUAUUGUCAGGCACUCGGCGCAUCGCCCGUCCCGGUCGGGGCGCCGUUGAUUCAAAUCGUGGGCAGCAAUGUCGUGUCCCCGGCGCAGUGGCGGCCGACGCAUCUGAACCAGGAGGACCAUGUGGAGCUGGAGGUGAUUGACAGCCUCAAGCGGCCAUGCCGUUGCUUCGUGGACUCCGUGGACAUGGGGAAUGUCACACGCAUGCUGGUACGCUCCAGCCGAGCCGCAGGGGUUGUGAUCGCCUUUACGAGUAGCUGCGAUCUCCAGCAGAAGCUAUAUCAAAUGCAGUUUCCAAAUAACAUGUGA